GAAGAAUGCAUUGAGAUUGGUGUAAAUGGUAAUCACUGCUGGGAGGACGACGGGAAGGAAGAUGAUGAUGAUGAGUAUUUUGACAGUGGGGGAGGGGGAAAGCAGAUGAACUGUACGACAGUCAUCGUAGGCUCUUAAAGAGGGGUGCCUCCCAUAUACUUACUAAUAAUAAAUUAGCAAUUUUCUCGUCAGGCAAAAGAGAUUCCUUUGGAAAGCCCCGAGAGAGGGAGAGAGAGAGAGAGAGAAAGAGAGAGGGGCAGAGAGCAAUAUUGGUUUCUUUCUCGCUUUGGGUCCUGUGGUUCGGCUUUUGCUCAUUCUCUUUCUCUUUUCUUCAUUUUUUCUUCUGCUUCUUCCCACCCGCCUCUUUGCGCCGCUUGAAAGGGUUUCUUCGGCGGAUUUCUCUGAACAAGCAGUGCCUUUUCUUUCUUUCUGCUUCACCGCUUGGCAUUUCGGUUUCGGCUUCAAGCUUUCGGUGUUGAUAUGCGUAUUAGUGAAUUUUGGGGUGGCGAGAAGUUCUUGGGUUUUGAGGACAAGUUUUGAGUACGUAUUUGUUUCAGAGAUUUGGGAUUUGAGUUUUUGAUAGAGAUUUGGGUUUUUGGGGCCUCUCUUCUUUUGUGGGUUUAGCUUCAGGAAGAAGCAGGGAAAAAGAGAAAGACAGAACCGCCAUGGCAGGAGGUGGAGGAGCGGCGCCGCAGCCGAAGCAGGACGAGCUGCUGCCGCAUCCGGCCAAAGACCAGCUGCCCAACAUUUUUUACUGCAUCACGAGCCCCCCACCUUGGCCUGAGGCUAUUCUACUUGGGUUCCAGCACUACCUUGUGAUGCUAGGCACAACAGUUCUGAUUCCCUCUGCUCUUGUUCCCCAUAUGGGAGGGGGAAAUGAAGAGAAGGCAAAGGUGAUACAGACGUUACAGUUUGUGGCUGGUUUGAACACACUGACUCAGACGUUGUUUGGAACCCGAUUGCCUGCCGUGGUUGGAGGGUCUUACACCUUUGUGCCUACAACACUCUCAAUUGUCUUGGCGGGGCGAUACAAUGGCAUUUUGAAUCCAGUGGAGAAAUUUGAGAGGACAAUGCGAGGAAUCCAGGGAGCACUUAUCGUUGCAUCAACUCUUCAGAUUGUCAUUGGUUUUAGUGGCCUAUGGCGCAAUGUUGCUAGGUUCUUAAGUCCACUCUCUGCUGUUCCUUUGGUAGCUCUGACUGGCUUUGGACUCUAUGAAUUUGGUUUUCCUCUGCUUGCUAAGUGCGUAGAAGUUGGACUGCCGGAGCUUAUCUUUCUAGUAAUAUUUUCCCAGUAUAUACCUCAUUUAAUGAGUGGAGAGAGACAUAUCUUCGAUCGCUUUGCUGUUAUAUUCUCUGUUGUAAUUGUGUGGAUUUAUGCUCACCUGCUUACCGUGGGUGGUGCAUAUAAGAACAGUCCAACAAAUACUCAAUUAAGUUGCCGAACGGACCGUGCUGGAAUUAUAAGUGGUGCACCAUGGAUCAGAGUACCAUAUCCAUUUCAAUGGGGAGCUCCGACAUUUGAUGCUGGAGAAUCUUUUGCUAUGAUGAUGGCUUCAUUUGUUGCUCUUGUAGAGUCUACUGGUGCCUUUAUUGCUGUGUCAAGGUAUGCAAGUGCAACUCCUUUGCCACCUUCCAUUCUCAGCCGUGGUGUCGGUUGGCAGGGAGUGGGCAUUUUGUUCUCUGGAUUAUUUGGAACGGGGAAUGGAUCAUCCGUGUCUGUUGAAAAUGCUGGUUUGCUCGCACUGACACGUGUUGGCAGCCGGAGAGUCGUGCAGAUAUCUGCUGGGUUCAUGAUAUUUUUUUCUAUACUCGGGAAAUUUGGAGCCGUUUUUGCUUCAAUUCCAGCACCAAUUAUUGCUGCUUUAUACUGUCUUUUCUUUGCUUACGUUGGUGCUGGAGGCCUUAGUUUCCUACAGUUUUGCAAUCUAAACAGCUUCAGAACGAAGUUCAUCCUCGGGUUCUCCUUUUUCUUGGGCUUAUCAAUACCGCAGUAUUUCAACGAGUACACAGCCCGUAACGGUUACGGUCCUGUCCACACAGGAGCAAGAUGGUUCAACGACAUGAUCAACGUGCCCUUCUCGUCGGAGCCAUUCGUGGCUGGGUUGCUGGCUCUUUUCCUCGACGUCACCUUGCACUGGAGAGACAACGCGACUCGAAAGGACAGGGGCAUGAAUUGGUGGGACCGGUUCCGGUCAUUCAAUACCGACACGAGGAGCACGGAAUUCUAUUCCUUGCCCUUCAACCUCAACAAGUUCUUCCCAUCAGUGUGACUUCUUCUGGGUUGGAGAGAGAGAUCAAAGAUAGGUACCAAAUUGUGUGAAUUGCUCUAAGAACCCUCAUCUUUACAGUCCCCUUUUCUUUCUGUGGACAUGUAUCUAAGCAGUGUAGAUGCAUCUCCUCUUUGAAGCUAUUGGGUCCUCUAAGCUCUGCUCAAAGAUAGCAUGAGAUGCCAUCAUUUUGCAGUGAUUCAAUCCUAUAAUAUCCAUCGUGCUGCGUAGUUUUCUAUAUCAGCUAGAGUAUCUUAUGUUGUUUAUUCUUGGCUUUUGAAAGUUAAAAGCAACAUUCCUCCUGUAAAGGAAUUUGAGAAUCUUUCUUGGGGAUGUUGAACAAAGUUGAUAGACAUCAGCUGUUAUCUAAAUUUAAAAAGUUUAGAGGUUGGUGACAGUUUUAAGUCACUACUUUGUAAUCGGAGGGUCCCGAGUUUGAGUUAUGGAAAUACGAGCUCAGGAGUUUUUAGUUCU